AUGCUUGCCCCGGCAUCUGGGAAUGUGAGUCUGCGGACAGUCAGCUCUAGUCGACCGCAACUGCUCCGAUCCGAGUCGCAGCAGUCCGCCGCCGCAUCGGACGACUACUAUUCCCUCUCAAGUCGUAACUCCAGCUCAAGGUCCCCGAGCACCACCAGUCGAGCCACUGUUGUCCGCUAUAUGACGCCCAAUUCACGCCCUGUAUCUCGUACUUCGUCUCCCAAUGUCUCGCGAACGAUGUUAGCCCCACCCGUUGUUGCUCCAAGGGCGGGAUACACGUCGAACGCGCAAGUUGCGAACCGGGAUACUUUCACACCCAUUAAUAGUGCAGAGCAGUUGACUGAGGAUCGGGAUAUGUCUGAAGGAACCAGUGCCCCGGCUGUAGAGGACAGCUAUGCAGGCCGGGGCCCAACACCUGGGAUGGAUGAUUCCCCGUACAUUCGCUUUGCGAUCAACCAGCUCACACGAGAUCCGGAGGCCAGUCAGUCGAGGAGAACAAGCGAAAGUGGAAGUGAAUCCACUACCGCCGGGAAUUUGGUAUGGGACGAUGAUCUAGGCCACUUCGUUCGUGCGGCUACAUCUCCAGCCCAGCAGCCACUACUCACUCCGGAAAGAGAUCCUCACAACUCGGUAGAUCCAGAGGCGUUUGUUGCGGUUGAUCCACCGGAGGGGAGCCUGAUUCACCCGCCGCUGGAUUUUGUGCCUGUGGUGCUCAGACCUGGGGCCCUCGCUGUGGUUAUUUUCUGUGUACUGCUUAUGAUUUCUGGUGUCACUUUCUGCAACGUUUGGUCCAAAGAUCAUCAAGGGAUCUGGGGAUACAAUGGCCGCAGCGGUUCGCGGUACUUUGUUUUCCAAUUCCUUCCGCAAAUUCUGGGAGUCGUUAUUUCGAUUUUGACGAUUGUGGUCCAGGCGGCAGUUUAUCGUGUUAUGCCGUUUGUGACAAUGGCGUCCGAGAGGCCGUUUGGGAAGGUUUUGCAAAAAAUACCAAUUUUACCGCGGAAUUUCCUGUUUCCCGAUAUAUCUCAUUUCAUUCAUGGCGAGGCACUGGUGGGGUUUUCCUUGUUUACGAUUUGGCUUUCGAACUUUGUUGCAGUACCUCUACUGGGUUGUCUUUUUCAAGCGAAGUGGUACGUGAUAGACGGCCAAGGGAAGUGGCAAUGGGCUACGGUUACGAGCAUUGGAUGGACGUUAGUUUCGGUCUAUGGCCUUCUCGCUAUAGGAUUGAUCCUACUCCUCCUUCGCUUUCUUCGCACCUGGUCUGGACUCAUGUGGGAUCCAGUGUGUCUAGCAGAUUUGAUAUGUAUCGUCCAGCGAUCCAAUAUCCUGGAUGAUUUCGAGUACUCGGAAAUAGCCCCAGACGUUGGGAAAACCCUUGAUUCCCGAGUUCUUCGUCUAGGCUAUUGGCAAUUAUCUCAGCGAGCCCAUUCCGGAAUAUUCUAUGGAAUCGGUGAAGCGGGUGCGUCAAUUGGAAAUCCAUCUCUGCAUCGGAUCGAGAAGAACCGUCGAGACCAGCCACAUGGCCUAUCAAAAGUCUCAUUUGACGUGGAGCAACAGGCCGUUUCCGAAAAUGACGAUUCCGACAUUUACUCACCGUCUAUUCGCUACCGAUGGGCUCCGUGGUUUCUCCGAAAAACGGCUGUGGUCGGGUGGACUGUUAUACUCUGUGGGCUUUUCAUUGCGUUUGUGGUUGCCAGUUUCCUUCACCACGCUAUUCAAGACGGCUUUACUCCGCGUCUACCGACUAUGCCAUCUGUUAGCGCGUUUUCAUCAUCCAACUUCUUAUACAGUUUAAUUCCGGCCUUCAUCGGAAACCUCAUGUUUCUUGCAUGGCAGCACAUCGAUUCCUAUUUCCGAGUGCUUCAACCCUAUGCAAUGCUCUCCUCUCCCGAAGGUGCAUCUGCAGAGCAAAGCCUGCUCCUCGCAUACCCGUCUCUCCUUCCAUUCCAGGUCACGGCCAUAGCAAUUAUCAACAAACAUUACAAGAUCGCCUGGAUUUCUCUGAUGAGCGUCGUCUUCGGAGCGCUUCCGAUCUUGGCUGGAGGGGUCUUCAUGUCGUUCUACUAUCCUUCUGAAAAUGAUAUCCGUGUUGGCUCACUCAUGCCCGCCUUCUAUACUAUCAUUGGCUUCUGUGCUGUAUACAUGAUCUCAUUCCUGUGUAUUUGGCCCGGUCGCCGCCGUUACUUACCUCACGACAUUAGCACACUAGCCGACCAAAUGAGUUUCCUCUACCAGAGCCCACUUCUUUCGGAUAAGUUACUACGCGAGCCCCGCAGCAAGACAGACCUCGUCACCCGACUAGUUGUUGCACCUCCAGGUGAACAGGAGUUCCCUAAGUACGGAUUUGGUAUCUAUGUAGGUCGCGAUGGACGAGAGCACUUGGGUAUCGAUCGCUAUCGUCGACCAGGCCGGGCUGAUAUGCUCAUUACCACGGGAUCGAUGAGACAGUCCCUGUUUGAGGGAGUUGAACCUAUCAUCCGAUGCCGUAAAAGAUACGAUAAAAGUAUCACGUACGAUGGGCCUCAAUCGGGGCUUGGCUCACCCAUCAGUUGUUCCGGCCAUUUCCUUCCAAUCCUGGUUGGAUCCCGCAGCAUGGUAUACCACGGAAAGCCCAGUACGGGCUGUCAAAGCUGCCGCUCGAGACAUAUCAAGUGCGAUGAAACCCGUCCUCACUGCAAAGCCUGCGUCCGCACAGGUCGCCAGUGCCCCGGAUACCCGCACCCUCUCGACUUUAUGCUCCGAGACCGAAUAGCAUUCACACGCAGAGGACGCAGCACUUCCUCCCAGACACCGUCCUUCGUCAAAAGCGACGACGCGGCAGGUCCAAGCGAGGUCUCGACUAUUCCCUCUGUCACCCGCGCCGUGCAACCUGGCACACCCCCGGUUUCAGCGGCAUCCUCCCAUAUCCCGAGUACCCUCUGCCUACCGAUGGAAGACACGGUGACCUCGCUUUUCUUCAAUUCGUAUUUAUAUCUCCCGAAGGACCCCCUAGUGAGGACAGGGUUUAUGGAGCUUCUCCCGCAGUUGUUCGCGACCGCUCCGUUGGAUUCUCAUUUGCGACUAGGCACGCUGGCCGUGGCGUUCUUCUCUGUGGCUGCUUGGACACACCAGGAGUCUCUGCUGCGAUCAUCGCAGCAGUGUUUUGUAAAAGCGCUGUCGCGGACUCGGCAGGCGCUGCAGGGUAAUAUUGAUCAGAAUCUGGAUGAGAUUCUUAUGACGGUGUUGUUACUGUCCACCUACGAGGAAUUUUGCGCUAUGAAGGAGAAUAAACCUCCGUCUAAAGCGCAUCUCAGGGGAGCAAUUGCUCUAAUCAACAGUUACAGCCCCGAACGUCGGAACUCCCCGCAGUCGAAAAAAUUGACCAAUGCGGUUCAAACACAAAUAAUCAACACCUCCAUUUCCGGGGCGUUUCCUCUAAUCCAGACACCCGAUGCCUGGCCACUACCCCUUUCAGUCCCCGAGUUUGCCUCCUCACAGCUAACAAUGGCCACUACCGAGGUGGUUAAGCUCCGCCAACGGUGGAUGCGCGUUUCCGACGCAUCCUACAUGGCCGAAGUCGAGUUAAUUCUAUCCCAAGCCCGUUACAUCGAUAGUCAGCUUGUCGCCUGGUCGCACUCUCUCCCGGAACACUGGAUUCCUGCCGCGGCCUCCACCAUCCCGCCGUCCGUCCAGAAAGCCGGCAUCUACCAAGGCCGCUGUGACUGCUAUUCGGAUUUCUGGAUCCCAGCGACCUGGAACUCCUACCGGAAUUCACGCCUCGUCGUCCAAGAAAUCAUUCUCCAAUGUUUGUCUGUUCUUCCGGGUCGCGCAGAGGCCAUCAACGCAACCAUAGCCACAAUCCGCGCCAUCGCGCUGGAUGUCUGUGCCACGGUCCCUUUUUACUUGGGGAGCCAAAUGGCAUCGGUGCAAAUGAACCCUAGUCUCGUCGAAUACCCCAAGGCUGAAACACGGCGCGUGAGUCAGGCGCACCAGCAAACUGCUCCAUUACUAGGUGGAUGGUUCGUCUUUUCUUCGUUAGAGACUCUUUGCGCGGUGGAGAGUUUAACCGAGGACCACAGGGAGUGGAUCAGGGGCCAAUUGCAGCGGGUUCUGCAAAUAUAUAUCUUUGGGCCCGCUAGCCUCAGCGUCCAGGCAGACAUCUUGCCCACGACCAAGCAUCAUGAUCUCACGUUUUCUUCAAUUGUGCGCGGAUUGCCUGAAUAUCUGGAUAAUCUAGAGCUGCUUGCACCGUUGUGUCCAUCCGAUAUCACAACCUCAUCCAUUACUGCACUUGAGCACACGGCGGGCAUCAGUCACAACCCACCCACCUCGGGAUACAAGAAUCACCAAGGAAGCAAGAGAAGAGAGGACCAAGCCGUAGCUGAGCGACCCUGGCCCUUGCCCUCCUUUGAACAAGCCGAAACAGCACCAGAAGAACAAGAAGAAGAAGCAGCAGGACAACCCCAAGCAAAGACCCAGACCCAGACCCAGACCCAGACCCAGACCCAGAACCGGAACCACGACCAGGACCCGCCGAAACUCUGGACGCCGCAAACAAACCGCAAGCUCUUCUUCGGCGGGCUGCUCUUCUUCUCGCUCAGCGUGCUGGCGACGCGCCGCGCGCUGCGACGACGCCACCAAGCCUGCGUGCCGCCGUUCUACACGUCCUCGCUCUACCAUAAGCCCAAGGUCAACGGGGCCGGGGAGGCCCUUGAGGCGCUGAACCUGGCGACGCUGAAUGUGGUUUCGUUCGGCAUGAUGGGGGGCGGCGGCGUGCUGUGGGCGAUGGAUAUCAAUGGGUUGGAGGAUAUGCGGGCGUAUGUGCGGAAGGGCAUGUUGUCGUCUGAGGAGGCCGGGGAGCCGUUGACGGAGUCGGAUAAGGAGUUGGAGAAGGAGGUGGAGGAUUGGAUUCGGAAGUAUUUGGGGAAGAGGGUGGAGGGGGAUAAACUUCGGGAGUUGGAGGAGUCCUCUAAGUAA